GGAACCUCUGAAUCCGAUCUAAUGGCUGCCGAUUCGCCGCGUUGUUCCGGGCCAACGGCGCCUAGCUAACGUGAUUGGGGUCGUGACUUGUGGUUCGGGCAUCGUCGUCAUGGCGUGGUGUAUAUAAAGCAGCCCGCUUGGCGCUGCCACUCUUGUCACCGCUCCUGUCCCGGUUCAUGUGCGCAGACCGCAUCCCGCGCCCAUCACUAAUUUUCCCGCAUGAGCUCAGCUCAAGUGUAGUUUCUACGCCAGUAGUAAGAAAGACUUCUCUUCUUCCCCAUCCCUUAUACGCGCAACAUGAGCGGCGAACCCAAGCAUGAAACGUCUGCAAAGGCGGACGUCCUCCACGACGAGGGCGUCCCUGGCGACCAGCACCUCGCCGACCUCUCCAACGAGGAGGAGCGCAGCAUCGGCAAGUGGGCUGCCAUCCGCAAGAACCCGUGGGCGUUUGCCUGGUGCCUAUACGGCGUCUGGGCCAUCAUGCUCGUCAGCUUCGAGAACCAGGCCGCGGGCAUCGUCGUCGGCAUCCCCCAGUUCCGCAAGGACUUUGGCUUUCUGUUCGAGGGCAACUAUGUUCUCGACACCAACUGGCAGGCCGCCUUUAGCGGAGCCCCCGGCGCCUCCAUGUUCUUCGGUGCCAUUGGCGCUGGCCAGAUUGCCGACUGGAUCGGCCGCCGCAACACUAUUGCCGGUGCCCUGGUUGUCUCAUUCGCCGCCAUCACGCUCGAGGUCGUGGCUUCCACCAACGAGAUGUUCUUUGGCGGCAAGUUCCUGAACGGCUUCGCUACCGGUAUCCUCCAGUCCGUCGCGGGCUCGUAUGUCGGAGAGAUCGUCCCUCUUGCCCUCCGUGGUCUGACCACCUGCCUGAUCGCCCUAUCGUUUACCCUUGGGCCCUUUAUCGUGGCGCUCAUCGUCAACUUCCACGGCGACACCGGAGAUGCCUGGUCGUACCGUGCCGUCUUCUGUGCCCAGUAUGGCUUCGCCGUGAUUGCGGCGGUUUUCGUCUUCCUCAUGCCUGAAUCUCCCUGGUGGCUCGUCAGCAAGGGCCGUGAGGACAAGGCCCUCAAGAGCCUGAACCGCCUCGGCUACUCUUCGGUCAACGGCGAAGCCGCCAAGCGCCUGGCCAACAUCAAGGUCACCCUCGAGGAGGUCAAGCAGGAGACCGACGGCGCCACGUACGCCGAGUGCUUCCGGCGGUCCAACCUGCGCCACACAAUCGUCUCCAUCACGCCGCUCGUCGCGCAGCAGUUCACGGGCAUCGUCUUCGCGGCGUCGUACUCGACCUACUACGCCCAGCUGGCCGGGUACAGCGUCGAGGACUCGUUCAAGCUCCAGAUCGUGCAGCAGGUGCUCUCGAUGCUGGGCAACGUCAUCUCGUGGCAGCUCAUCGACACCACGGGCCGGCGCACGCUCACCCUGUACGGCACCAUCGGGCUCACCGCGGUCCUGUGGGUCAUGGGCGGCCUCGCGGUCGGCGGCACCGUGCAGAUGCUCCGGGGCGCCGUGGCCAUGAUCCUCCUGUACUGCUUCCUGUACAACGUCACCAUCGGCGCCAGCGCGUACGUGUGCCUCGCCGAGACGGCGACCUCGCGGCUGCGCGUCAAGACGUUCGCCAUCGGCGUCGCCGUCAACUCCCUCUUCGGCGUCUUCUGGAGCUUCGUCCUGCCCUACCUGUUCAACCCGGACCGAGCGAACCUCGGCGGAAAGCUCGGCUUCGUGUUUGGCGGGCUGUGCUUCCCGACCAUCCUGUUCAUCUGGUGGUACCAGCCCGAGACGCGACUGCGGAGUUAUGAGGAGCUGGACGAGAUGUUUAUGAAGCAGGUCCCUGCCAGGAAGUUCAGGGGGUAUGUGACGGAGAGUCAGAGGCGUGGCGAGACGGCGCGAGCGGUUGAGAAUGCUGCCGCUGCUGAAGAGAAGGUUUGAGUGACGGGGUGGUAGCAUGGUUCCAUCGAUCGAUCACUCAUUAUUUGGCGCGCCACUUGGGCUAGUAUCCGGCGUAGAGAGCAUAAUUUCACAAUUGUAGAUCUCUUGUCAAAAUGUUCCUCAAGUGUCACCACGAAGGGUCCAGAUCGUAAUAAGUAAUAGGGGUAUCCUCGCUGAC